CGUUGUUGGCCAAUCACACAAUUUUUUUUUCUCCAAGCAAAGACUACAGAAGUUGAGUGCGAGAAAUUGCCGAUUGACCAACAGCAAGUCCAGUGUAAUUCCGUGCGACAAUGGAUACAAUGCGCUCUUAUUUAACAUGUUGGGUCCUGUUUCUUGGAGCGGGAGUUCAGAUAUCCAUCGCAUUGCAGUGCCACUGCCAGUGGUGUAGUAACAGCACCUGCUACACGGACGGCCUGUGCUUUGUGUCCUUCGUGAAGUCAGGCAGUAAGAUGGUGGCACAGGGGAGCAUGUGUUUACCUGAGGCAGACCUCAUCCCUAAGGACAGGCCAUUUGUCUGCGCCCCAUCGAAAAAAGAGAACACUGGGGUGGUCCCUGUCUGCUGCAACACAGACAUGUGUAACAAAGACCCCGAUCCGGGCGACUACUCGUUGACAUUCCCCACAGCCCGUACGCCCCCCCUGAGCCCAGUAGCCCUGGCGGCUGUCAUCGCAGGGCCAGUGUGUGUGCUGUGCUUUGUGCUGCUGCUGGUGUUCUACGUGUGCCACAGCCGCUCUGUCGUCCACCGCCGUGUGCCCAACGAGGAAGACCCUACCAUGGACCACCCCUUCCUAGCUGACGGCCACACCCUCAAAGACCUCAUCUACGACAUGACCACCUCAGGCUCCGGAUCAGGCCUGCCCCUGCUGGUGCAGAGGACCAUAGCAAGGACCAUUAUCCUGCAGGAGAGCAUUGGGAAGGGGAGGUUCGGGGAGGUGUGGCGGGGCCGCUGGCGAGGAGAGGAGGUGGCCGUUAAGAUCUUCUCAUCUCGGGAGGAACGCUCGUGGUUCCGCGAGGCUGAGAUCUACCAGACGGUCAUGCUGCGCCAUGAGAACAUCCUGGGCUUCAUCGCUGCUGACAACAAAGAUAACGGCACGUGGACCCAGCUGUGGCUGGUAUCAGAUUACCAUGAGCAUGGCUCCCUGUUUGACUACUUGAACAGGUACACGGUGACAGUGGAGGGGAUGAUCAAGCUGUCCUUGUCCACCUCCAGUGGCCUGGCUCACCUGCACAUGGAGAUUGUCGGCACGCAAGGUAAACCAGCCAUCGCCCACCGUGACCUGAAGUCUAAGAACAUCCUGGUGAAGAAGAAUGGUACCUGCUGCAUCGCUGACCUGGGAUUGGCUGUCCGCCACGACUCCGCCACCGACACCAUCGACAUCGCCCCCAAUCACAGAGUGGGAACCAAGAGGUACAUGGCCCCUGAAGUCCUGGAUGACUCAAUCAAUAUGAAGCAUUUUGAGUCGUUCAAGCGGGCAGACAUCUACGCCAUGGGCCUGGUGUUCUGGGAGAUCGCACGGAGAUGCUCAAUAGGAGGUAUCCACGAGGACUACCAGCUGCCCUACUAUGACCUGGUCCAGUCGGACCCCUCGGUGGAAGAGAUGAGGAGGGUGGUGUGUGACCAGAAACUACGGGCCAACAUCCCCAACAGGUGGCAGAGCUGCGAGGUUUUACGAGUGAUGGCUAAGAUCAUGAGGGAGUGCUGGUACUCCAACGGGGCGGCCCGCCUCACCGCGUUGCGCAUCAAGAAGUCCCUGUCCCAGCUCAGCCAGCAGGAAGGUAUCAAGAUGUAAACUAGAGACAAUGCCACCUGAAUGUCUGGAAUCUCAGUCCCCAUCUGUGUGCUGUUCCCCUACGCCUCCUCUUUCUCUGAAGGAGGAGGGAGGGAGGUGAUGGUACAAUCAGGUGGGUGUGUUUACCCUUCUAUGACUCUUUCCUUUAAGGCUGAUUGGAGAGAUUGUUUCUUUGCUCUCCUCUAAGAUGGCAUUAAAACAUGGGUUGAUUCCAGUGGAUAACCUGGAUAAUACUCUGUCUGGACUCUGGAUGCAGAGACACAACCCCCUGACCCUCCUGUUGGUUUGCCUGACUGGUUGCAACAAGCCCUUCUUUCUUACCCCCAACAGACACUACUUGACUUUUAUUGGGACCUCAUGUAGGAAUUCCAUAGAAAAUAUUCAGAAUCAAAGAAAUUAGUUACAUUGAAAGAAAAUAUACAUUUUCAAAUACCUCUGUCUGGUUAUUUCUCAAAGUACCGCAGUCUGUGUCUAUUUAAGCAUUUCAUUCAAACAGGAUUGAGUGUUACUCAUGCAUUUAUUUUUUUCACUCAACAUCUUGUACCUUUUAAACAUAUAUUUUACAGAUGCCAGUUCCAUAAUUGUGUAUACUUUUGUCAAGAAAACUGAAUAUGACCUUUAUCAAGACUUGUCAAAUAUGCAGUGAAAUAUGCAAUAUUUUAUUCAUUGCUAUGUACUGGUAACUGACAAAAUAAAGGAAACACUUUACAUUUACAUUACAUUUAAGUCAUUUAGCAGACGCUCUUAUCCAGAGCGACUUACAAAUUGGUAAAUAUACUUAGUAAAUAUACAGUAAAUACAAAGUAUAUUGAAAGCAGGUACUUUAACACAGGUGUGGUUCCUGAGUAAAUGAACCAAUUAACAUCCCACCAUGCUUGGGGUCAUGUAUAAAAAUGCCCAGUUGCCCAUUAUUUUGACUGCCAUGGCUAGUAGAAGAGAUCUGCCUUUGAAAGAGGGGUCUCGAAGGAGCAUAGGGGGUUUAAAGGGUUUGUGAGUGUGUGACCAGAUUUCGACCUAAUUGAACAGUUAUGGGAGAUUCUGGAGCGGCGCCUGAGACAGAGUUUUCCAUCUCCAUCAACAAACCACUAAAUGAUGGAAUUUCUCAUGGAAGAAUAUUGUCGCAUCACUCCAAUUGAGUUCCAGACACUUGUAAAAUCUAUGCCAAGGCACAUUGAAGCUGCUCUGGGACUCAUUGUGGCCCAACGCCCUAUUAAGACACUUUUAUGUUGGUGUUUCCUUUAUUUUGGCUGUCACCUGUAUAUUUAUUUCUUACAGUGUAAAUAUGAGUCAGUCAGAGGAGGCUGGUGGGAGGAGCUAAUAAGAGACUCAAUGUAAUGGCUCGAACGGAAUUAAUUGAACUAUCAAACAUAUGGAAACCAUGUUUGGCUCCUUUCCAUUAAUUCCAUUCCAGCCAUUGCAAUGAGCCCAUCCUCCUAUAGCUCCUCCCACCAGCCUCCUCUGGAGUGGGUGUGUAUGCUGUACUCUAUUCCUAUGUAUUUUGUGUGUGUGUAUACAGGUGUACAUUCUAUGUGUACAUAGAGUACACCUAAGCUGAUAGAUAUACUGAACAAAAUUAUAAUGCAACAUGCAACAAUUUCAAAGAUUUUACUGAGUCACAGUUCAUACAAGGAAAUCAGUAAAUUAAAAUAAAUGAAUUAUGCCCUAAUCUAUGGAUUUCACAUGACUGGGCAGGGGCUCUUUUAUUUCAGUUCAUGAAACAUGCGACCAACACUUUUACGUGUUGCAUUUAUCUUUUUGUUCAGUAUAGUAUAUCUCUAUUUUAUACAAAGCACUCUUCAUUCUUUCAACCAUAACCAUGAAGUGCUCUGAAUCAAGGAGGUUCUCUGACGGAAUGGGUCCUCCCACUGCCAUAGGAAGAAAUGCAGUGGAAGUCGUCCGGGUCCAAUUCAUUAGGCACCUAACGGAUUACCUGGACUUAUCCAAUAAGACCUUCUUGUUUUUGUAUUCCACUGAGUAGUGCUACGAUGUGCACUAAUGAAUACAAUUAAGCAACACCGUGAUACCAGUUUACCUUUCAAUCUUCUCAGUAGGAAUCAAACCAGGACGGUCUUAAGGGAAAGCAUUGCCGGAGCUGCAUUAUAUACACUAUUUUCUGUAUAUUUGUAUUGCUUUUAUGUGAAUGAGUUUUCACAUCUAGGGGCAUAACAUUUCAAACAAGAAUGUACAUUUGGAUAUCUUCGAUUUGUGUACAGCUCUAUCUACCUUUACAGUGAGAAGGCCCCAUGAGACCUAUACAGGUCCUGAAGUCUAUCUUUCAUUUGUUGCAUGAAUGAAAGACAGAACAUUUUACUUUACUAGUUGGAGAUUCAUUAUGCUGCUAAACAUACAGAUGUGAUCAUGUAACAUCCCUUAUUAUUUUCCAGUAGGACAGAACACAGAAAGGAUAAUUAAGCGAGUCAAGGAAAUGCUGUAGGUCAUCUGAGGUAGACAUUGUUUCAUAUCUCUUUAGUAGCAAUAAGUGCACUUCUGAGCAUUGCUGCAUAAUUACAUUAAAAAAAUAUAAUCUACACUAAUAGAAUCGACUAUGAAGUACUGUGAGCAGAGGUCAGAUGAACGCUUGUCAAGUGCCAUCGCAUUUAGAUUUGAACUGUAGGGUUCUCUUUUUUCUUUUGUUUUUGCAAAACCAGAGGUACAUGCUGUAUUCAUAUCUGCUACUGUGUUAUUUGUUUUUGUCUUUUAGCAAGUUUACAUCAACCUGCUUAAACCAAAUCAAAACGCCCUUGAACUAUUGUGCCAUGCAUGGAAUGCAUAAUUGGUCAACUGGUCAUUACAGAACAGUGUUGUGGAUGGAAAAACAACAUGGUGUUUUUUUAAACAUUCGUCAGACUUGAGGUGAAGGAUAUUGCUGCUACGAUAUACAGUGUAUGUUAAACCAAAAAAGUAUUAUUUUACAGUGGAACAAGAAAUGCAACUGUUGUCAUGACUCAUCCAACAAUUUUAUUUUCUACGUCAUUCCUCAGUCUCAUCAGCAGCCUUUUACUUUUCCGACUCUCAUAGAAACAUCCAGGUAUUUAUAUUGGCAACAUAAACAGCCUCUGACUCCCUACCAGCAAGGACUCCACUAACUAUGAUCACUAUCUGCUAGUCUAGCUUUCACCAGGAACCUUGCAUUUGCCCCCCUCCCAGUUUCAAAUCUGUUCUACAUUUUGAGAUUUCCUUUCCCAAUUGUUCUGUCAUCUAUAAAUGUGCUGUGAAUUGUACUGUGUUUUGUGUCUGUGUGUAGAGUACCUUCAGAAAGUAUUCAUACCCUUUGACUUAUUCCAUAUUUUGUGUUACAGCCUGCAUUCAAAAUGGAUUACAUUGGUCAGGGAGGUGAGAAAAAACAAAGUGCUUAUUUUGAAUUCGGACUGUAACAUGAAAAUGUGGAAUAAGCCAAGGGGUAUGAAUACUUUCUGAAGCACUCCCCAUUAUUUUCAGUGAGUGGAAUUGAAUCCCUCAAUUGCCAGUAAUCCAGUAUGUAGCAUUACAGCAUUACACAUACAUGAUUACGGUCGUCACCUCUCGCUGACCUGAACUCAAGCACUCAUUUGCUAAAGGAGAAGAGCCCUGUGGCGGUAUGUACUGAAUGAGAUGCUCUGAUUAGCAGAAGGAGAAAAAGACCAGUGAGGCAGGCAGCGAAGAAUACAUAUUUAGUAGUGGGCUUCUAAUGCAACCACAAAAUUGAUAUUAAGCUCUGCUGUGUAGUACAGAUUGUGAAACAGAAUAAAAUAAAAUAAAAAUACGCUUCUGGUAAGCAAACCAUUCUGAAACGUACACUAUUUGAGGGAUAAUAUGAAGAUUCCCUGGUCAUCUAUAUCACAUAUUGCACAGUAGCUGUAAAGUAGCUGCAGUAUGUGCUAUUAAGUACUGGCUCCAGCAGAAGAAAGCCUUCUUAUUUCUCCCAGUGCCUAUGUUUGACUUCUGUUAUAUUAUAUGGAACCAUGUUCAAAGUCCAGCACAUGUUCUGCUGAAAAGCAAGUGAAACAAAGUUUGAAACACAAUCACAAAAAAAAAAAAGGAAACGAUACCUCCUCUCGGCACACCAAUGUUUUUAAUGUUUUAUUAUUAUAAUUUACCUCAAUGUACAUAAUACUUUUAUCUUCCACUUUUGACAUUCUAUUUCCAUGAAAUGUCUAAUUGAAAUAAUAUUAAUGCACAUUUCUUUGUCAGUGGUACUCCGUAUACAGUGUUGGUUGUGCCCAUAUGUUUAGGAAGUUUUCCUACUGCCUCGGUUUGAACAAUCUCUUAUUUGAGAAUUGUUGAUAUUUGAAGAAUGCUUUUCAUCUCUUUUAGAACCCUUUCAAGUUGUAGAGAAAGCCCCUGUACAGUUUCAUAUAUACCAUUUGUUUGGAGGGUCAUGUUACACCACACACGUUUUCAGAGGUGCUUUUUCUCUGCUCCCUAAGAUAAAGUAUGUUGUAAAGUGUUUAAAAGAAUGAGCGCUCGACAUAGGAAUUCAGAUGACUGACUAUUCAAGUUCAUGUAUAGUGAAGUAGGACGUUUUGUGAAUAAAUAUAUACGCAUUUUCUUACCUUG